CCGGGAUUAGAACCCACGACCUUUGACUCCCAAGCUCGUGCUCUUUCCACCAUGCCAAGCUGCUGAUCCCACUGACAUUACAGAUUGCACCACGGACAGGGUGGCUUGCUUGUUGUCCCCAUGGCCUUGAGCCCCAAAGCUGGGAGAAAACAGCAAUAGCAGACCAGAACAAGGAGUCAAGAAGAAAAAAAGAAGAAUGGUUUUUGCUAAGCACUUAAUUAGUGCCAAGCCCUGUUAUAAGCACUGAGCCCUGUUCUGAGCACGGAGACAGGCAAUGGGACAGAUUGGGGAGGAUCCAAGGGGCACUCCUUUGACUUUCUCCUGCUAUCCAUCAAUCAGUGGUACUUACUGAGCACUUACUAUGUGCAGGCACCAUACUAAACAUUUGCCACCACUGUCAUUUCGAUCUGAGGGGAAAAUCAUCUGCGUAAUAUGUCUUUGAGCAUGGGUGUGACUCUUAUCAGUGUCUCUAUAUGUCACUCUCUUUUCCAUCUUCUUCUCUGCCCCCUAGUAUUGGACCACGGCCCCCACUAAAAGCCUCACCCCGUAACUCUGGACUAAGAAGGAAAUCGUAGAGAUCAUCCACCCUACAGCAGGGGACUGCACUCUCUGACUCUGAAGCCAUAGCUGGCUCUUCCUUCUUGGAGCCAAAUAUGGCUCCGAAGGCCGGGGAGGAGCGGACUCAAAGCAACUGCAACUGUUCAAUUCACAACGAGGGAAAGACGGCAUUCCAAUCAAUACUAAUGCCGCCAGCCAAAUGACACAGCCAAGCGGCUCCUUUUUUGCCGGCUCAUCCUUUGUGAGCGGGAGGAAGCGGAUCCGGCGGUGGAACCAUCUUUCUCCCAUUAUUCAGCGUUCGUUGGCCUUCAAUUAGUAUGCACAGAGUGAAGAGACCUGUGCUGAGCGACAUUCCGGGAAGAUGAUGGGCGCAGCAGUGUGCACUAUGGACUGAAGCCAGAGAGGCUGAAGGCCGAACGGUUCAUUGGGGCAGACGCGUGUACGAGUCGGCACUGGCAGACGGUGUGAGAUUUCAUGACGGAGGAGAGCCCCUCUCCUCCGAAGAAAGACGAUCAGGUAACAGUAUUGGAGACUGCUCUGAUUUAAAUGAAACCAUCGGUUCAACCUCAAGGCCGAGUUAUGCGGGGGCGGAGGCGCCCGGCGGCCCCGGGAGCGCUUGGAAGCUGGUGAGGGCGAUGGGCGGCGCCUGAGGGGGGAAGAUGGAGGAGCUGUAUAAGGACCCCCAGUCCCUCCCCCUGGACGUGGCCGGCUCCCCGCCGGCCCUGGGCGGCAGCAAGCUGGAGAACGGCGUGGCCCAGCUGAUCACGGCCGAGGCGUGGAACAUUAACUCGGCCGACCUGAUGAAGAAGGCCCUCUCGCCGCUGGUGAGCGGGCCGGCCCCGCCCAUGCUGCCGCCGCCGCCGGCCGAGGCCCCCGGCGGGGUGGCCCUCAAGGUGGCCGCGGCGGCGGUGCUGCAGCCCAUCUGCCUGGGGGACAGCCCGGUGGUCCUACCCAUCCACCUGCAAGUGGCGGGGGGCAGCGCGGCCCCCCAGCUGGGCCCCCCCGGGGCCACGCCCUACGUCAUGACCACGCAGGGCCCCGUGCCCCUGCCCGUGCUCCUGGAGCAGCACGUGUUCCAGCACCUCAACUCGCCGCUGGUGCUGCCCCAGGGGGGCCCCUGCGCCGCCAGCCCCCUGGCCGGCGGCCAGGCCCCGCUCCUGGACCAGAAGCCGCCGGGCCCGGCGGCCCCGGAGCCCGGGGGCCUGCCGCCCGCCUUCCAGGGCCCGGCCUUCGCCGCCGUCCUCCAAGACCUGUUCCCCGCGCCGGGGUCCCUGGGGGCGGCCCCGCCCGACUACGGGGCGCCGGCCCCGCCCCAGCCCUUCGCUUCCCCGCUGUCGCCGCUGGUGCCGCCGGCCACCCUCCUGGUGCCCUACCCCGUCAUAGUGCCCCUGCCCGUGCCGGUGCCCGUGCCGGUGCCCGUGCCCAUCCCCGUGCCCCACUGCGGCGGCGGCGGCGGCGGCGGCGGCGGCGGCGAGCCCAAGCUGAGCCCCGACUUCCCCGGGCCCCCGGCGUCCUUCGGGCCCUACUCCUGCAAGGGGACGCAGACCCCGCUGGAGAAGGAAGAACUGAAGCCCUUCGCCCUGCUCCCGCGGAGGGAGCUGGCCCAGCUCAGCCGCCACACGGUCAUCAAGAUGAGCCCCGAGAACGAGGCGCUGGACCUGUCCGUCAAGUCCGGGACCCCCGCGGCGGUCCAGAGCCGGGGGGCCGCGCCCGAGGACGGCGCCCUGGACCUGUCCCUCGCUUCCUGCAGGAAGGCGGGAGGCCGCCCCGGGGGCGGCCCGGCCCCGCCGAAGCCGCCCCCCGAGGCCCCGGGCCGGGCGGACGGCGGCCCCGACCUCCCGUGGCACCGGCCCAAGUGGCCCGGCGACCCGGCCGGCGAGCCCAAGGCCGGCUGCGACCCGGACGGCGGGAAUACCUCCUCCCAGGCGGCCAAAGUCAUCGUCUCCGUCAAGGACGCCGUGCCCGCCGUCUUCUGCGGCAAGGUCAAGGGCCUCUCGGGGGUGUCCACCAAAAACUUUUCCUUCAAGAGGGACCUGCCCCCGGACUCCGCCCUGCCGUGCUACGACGUCAAGGGCCAGGCCGAGGCGCGGGAGGCUGUGGAGCCCCUUAGGAAACCUAUGAAAAACCGCAGCGUCAAGUUAAAGAAAAUGAACUCCCAGGAAAUACAUAUUCUUCCCAUCAAAAAGCAACGGCUGGCUGCCUUUUUUCCAAGGAAGUAAAUUAUGGCUUUUUAAAGAUUUUCAGAUUAUAAUAUUAUGAAAAGAGAGACAGAGAGAGAGAGAGAGAGAGAGAAUGAGAGAGAGAGAGAGAUGUACUUGGUUAAAAAAUGCAUUUAAAAUGGAAAACUAUCUUUGUAAGUUAUUUUUGGGGGGGAAUGGGGAGGCGGGGAGGGGGAGGAGGAACAGAUGUAGCGAUUCCCUCGAAGCUGGUUUCGUUCUGUUUUGUUGUUUUUUUGUUUUUUAUUUGGGACUUUUCACCAGAGUAAAUAAAAGCAACCUAUUUUUCAAGCGGAUUGCACAUUUUUGCAGCUUUAAAGGAGUAACGGAUGAGUCAGAGGGGUAAAAGCUAUUUUCACUGCCAUAAAGUGCUUUGAUGAUGUAAUUCCUAAAUAAGGGGUAGAAUGGCUAUUUCAAAAUAAAUGUUUGUAUGUGCUAACUG